GGCGGGAAUGGAGCCAGGGACGUGAAUGGAGCUUGGCGGCGGCGGCGGCAGCGGCACCAGCGGCGGCCCCCUCAGCUACUACUCCAGCUUCGCGCGGGCGAGCUCGGCGGGCGGGCGCCAGGCCGAGGCGGCUGAGGGGAAGCCAUGCUGGAGGAGGAGCACCUCGGACGGCGCCUUGACGCGGGGCGUCGGUCGCCGGGCUUGGAGCGCCUUCGUCCCCAGCUCAAAUCUAAGGAUUUUUCUUGAGAGGGAUUUGUCAAAAGAACGUCAUGAGUUGCUAAAGGAUCAAAGACUGUUUCAUAGUCGGGCACGAAAACACUCUCUAGAAACAAAUAAACGGAGGAGAGCACUUGAAGAAAAGUGGAAGGAAGAGGAAGAAAAAGAACAAAAAUUUAGAGAACAAAUUUUACGGCAACGAAAACUGAAACUUCAGGAAGCAACUGAGAGAUUCCAGCGUGGUCAUCUUCCAUUUUCACAGCGAAAGAGAGAAGGAGGAGUUCAGAAAAAAGUAGAACCUAAACUGGAUGAGGCUUUUGAGAAAAUUCAAAUAACUGGAUUACACUUGCCAGUUCACAGAGACAAUGGCAGAAUUACCGGCACAGCUUCCUCAGCAACUAAAUAUGGCCCUUUCCAGUGGAAACAAAACACAGCAAAAACUGGUGGUGAUAAAAUAAUGGAGGAAAAUGAUAAGACUAAUCCAGAUAGAGACCUGCGAAAUCUGGAGGAAGUGCAGCAAUUUUUGCAGGUACAGCAUUUCAGCAACCUUCAGAGUUUUCAUCAAGACGUGAACGAAAUCGCCGUCUCAGAAAGCGUUGGGAGUGCAGACAGUCUUGAAGCCGGUGAACAAACUGAAAGCUUUGCAACACACAGUGAAGCUUCUUCUCUAUCUGCGCAGUUGGACUCUAUGUUAUGUAAUUCCCAAGAAUCACAAGCUAAAAACAGAAGUUUCUCUGAUUCUGAUAACAUGACUCUUUCUAAAAAUCAACAUGUAAAUAAUUGGCUCGUAAGUUUAAAUACCCCAAAUAUCCAAAGAACCUCUGCUUUUCAUGACAUUUUAGUGAAAUAUAAUGUUCCACCUCCUGAGGACAAGGCUUCUGAUCCUGAUCAGAAACCCAUUCUUUCAAGUACAUCCGAACAGAAAGAGUCCAAAAGAUGUACUUAUGCUGAUAAUCUAGCCUUUAUGCAAAAUAAAAGAGAUGAAAAGUGCUCUCUGUUGAAGAAUGCAUUUUCAGGAACAGUUAGCACACUGGGUGCUGUAGCUACUAAUAAGAAAGCCUGGACUACCCCUGAUCCAUCUCCAGUUUCUUUAGCACAAGAGAAGCAUUCAGAAGUUCUCCAGUAUAACCAGAUCUCAUUUGCACAAACCCCAAAUACAACUGCAGCGACGCCUGAAGCCUUUCGUACUGGACAGUGGAGUUCCACUGUCACUUAUAAUAAUAAUGGCUUCUCAGCCGAUUGUUGGCAGAACGGGAAAGAUGCCCAUACGGCAAGGUGUACUGAAGACCUAGAUUUUUUAACAGGUGCUGAAAUGGAAAAAUGCUUUAAUCAUGUUAACAAUGAGGCCUCUUUGUUUGAAGAAACGUGUAAAAGCAACCUUGAUCAACAAAAUAACAGUGUACUAUGUGGAGACUUUGCAGCCAAUUUACCUGACCAUGACCAGCAGCAGAACAACAACGAUAAGAGGAAAGGAUUGAAAUUACCAAAAAGCAUUUUGAAGAAGGAAUCUAAAUACGAACCUAGUAGUAGUUUCAAAGCACUGGUUGUAAACAGAGGGAUCAGAUUUGGGAAUCAGCCUCCAACUGCUAUCAGGGACAGUGUUGAACUGGCUAAAAUAAAAGGAAAAGAUGCAGAUAUUCAAAGGAACUGUAAGAAACUUAGAUGGUUUGAUGAAAUUAACAAAGCACAAGAAAGUAAUGAUGAUGAAAAAUGUUCAGAACAAAGUAUUAUUGAAAUACCUCGAGCACCAUCCCAAUCUUCUGGUUUUCCAAUUAAAGCUACAAUUUCUAGAACAAAUCUGAGAAGUAUUCCUUCUUACAUUUUUAAUUCUGCUUUUCUAGAACAUGGGCAGGAUAUUUCUCAGGCAUCAACCAAGUUUGCUGCUUCUGAGGGUUCAGAAAGAAACAAUGAGACACUGAACCCUUUUGAAUCUACAGGGCAUCAUAUUGCUAAACAGGCAUGGAUAGCUCCAAAAGCUGACGAAAUUAAACCUCUUCCAUGUACUGUUGACCCUAAAAAUCCAAAAAGCAACCCACGCAAAGGAAAACCAAAAUUGAUCAAAAGGCCAAAAUCUGCCAAAACCCCAUCAACUUUCACCCCCAAAAACCGAAAGGGCACUUUUGUGCGACCGCAGUCUGCCAGCGAGGCCACCAGUGUUAUGAAAACUCAGGGCAAACUCAUGGUGCCUCACCCGCCUUACAAAUCUGUACCAAGCAAAAGGACUGAUCAAAAUGGUAGCUCCCUUUCAAAUGAAGGUCAGGAGUUGAAUAGAGACACUACAGAAAGCUCUUCCUCUCAGAAUGGCACUUGCUGUUCUCACAUGGGCCUCUGGAGACCAUCUGAACCCCCUCCUGCUAUAGUCGCAUAUGAUCCUUUGAUGAAGACUAGUCCCAUGGCAACUACUGCUCAGUCAGUUGCACAGCCCAGUAAUGCUAUUAAAAAAAGCGCCCCAUGCUCAGAAAAUGAAGUAUGUGUAGAUCCCACACCAGCUGAUGAAGAAAUCAAGGAUUUGUGGCCAGGAGUGCAGAGUGUAUUGAUCCAAAAGGAUGGGGCUGCUGGGGAUUCCAAGCAUUGCCUUACACAUCACAAUAAUCCAAGCAAUGAGGACUUGCAGCCCACUAGAACUAGUGUGCCCCACAUCACUAUCGAUGGUGGCAAUCUGAUAAACAGUGUGAAACCAGGUCCUAGGGGGAAUGGAUCUUUUUCUUCUCAGCCAAGCACUGCUGUUCUGAGACGAAAACAAACUAAUGAUAAUAUUGAAAACAAACGCAAGGCUCUUUUAGAACAGAGAAGACAAAUGGGAGCCUCCCCAGGAGUGAAGUCCUUUUACCUUGGUCAGAAUUCAGUGCAAGCUGUGAAGUUAGGACCUUGUCAGUCUGCUUCUGAGCCAGUAUAUGCCACUGGUGGCGCUGGUCAUUCUGAUGAAGUUUCAGACAGCAGCUCCCAGUUUCUGCUAGCAGAACAGCUAGUGAACACUGCUGCUACAGAAGGCGAUAUUCUGACUUAUUUGGACACAGUUCCACAGUACAAACCAACAGUGGUGCUGAACAGACCCCUGCGGCCGGGCAUGAGCGCACUGUCGCUUGAAGAGCACAGAGUUCUGGAGUCUCUCGACCGCCUUAAUCACAGGUUGCAAAAUGUUCAAGAUACUGUUAACAAAAAUCCAUCCUCUGCAAGCUUUUUACAAACCGCUUCCCCUUUGGUUGCACCGCCCUCUUAUGUGGACACCAUGCCAUCCAUUCAAAGGUGUAAAAGCCUAUUAGCUGAUGCCCGAACUCUUACACAGAAAAGAUAUUAACCUGACCUAACAAAGGCUGCUGAAAUGGGAUUUAUUUUAAUAUAUUCUUGGCUGCUGUCUAUGUAACAUAAUUGUUUGCAACAUGCCUUAAAUACAAUUCAAAAAAAUCCAAACAAAAUAAAAGAUGUAAUACAAGUGUUGACUGCUUGUUACCUAGUUUACAUAUCAGAAAAAAAUUAUUUUAUAUAUGCACUUUAUUGUACAAUAUGUUAUAUUUUUUAAGGAAUGAAAAUACCUCACUUUUGAAUGUGUGGUGAUGUUUGUAAAUUUAUUGUAAAUUUUAAUUAAAAGGAAAAGAAAUUAUUUUGCUAUUGAUUAAAAUUAUGUAUGACUUUAUCUCCUAACUUUUUGGCUUUCAUUAAAUUCUA